AUGGCGGACGAGGCGGCGUCGGGCCCGGAAUCGCCCGGGAGUGCGGCAGGGGCCUCUCCCGAGGAGACCUCGCCGCCCAAGGGGGACGCCGAGGAGGCGCCGACGGGGGACAGGGACGAGUCGCCGGGAGCCGAAGAGGCGGCGGCGGUUGAGGAGGGAGAGGGCCCGGCGGUAGAGCCGGAGGGAGCGGCCUGGGAGUGGGAGGAGGACCAGGCCGAUGAGGGCUCCGUCGGAGAGGGCCCGGGAGAGGCCGAGGAGGGCGGUGGCGGCGGCGGCGGAGCCCCCGAAGAGGCCGGGGAGGGCGCCGAGGGCCCGCCGGGCGAGGCCGAGGGGGCCGCCGAAGCCACGCCUCCCGCCGGGGAGGGGGUGGGGGAGGGGCCGUCCAGGGCGAGCCUCCUGGAGGCGCUGCCCACGAGCGCGGGCUUCGAGGAGGGGGAGCCUUCGGAGCCGCCGCCGCUGCAGGUGGGCGAGCAGCUGGCGCGCCGCAUCAGCCAGAGCCUGUGGGAGCUGGAGAGGCAGGCCAGCCCCGAGCGCCUGGAGCCGGGCGGCAGCCCCCGCCGGCCCGAGGAGGAGGAGGAGGGCGCCGAGGCCGCGGAGCUGCGCCGGGCCGAGGAGCAGCGGCAGCGGGCCGAGCUGGUGGAGCAGUACCGGCAGCUGCUGGCCGAGCGGGCCCGCCUCCGCCACGGCAGCGCCCGGCUGCAGGGCCGGCUGGCCGAGGCGCUGAACAAGGCCAAGGGCAAGGAGCGGCCGCGGGGCGAGCUGGAGCAGCACAUCUCCGACAAGGAGCAGCGCUACAGCCGCUACCUGGCCAUGCUGCAGGAGCUGCGGAGCCAGCAGCGGGAGGAGAUGGCCUGGUACCAGCAGCAGAUGGACGUCCUCCAAGAGGCGUGCCAGGAGAAGCUGGCCAAGGUCGGCGGCCAGUGGAAGGCCUACCAGGCGGCCAAGAAGGAGGUCGCCGUCUACACCAUGGGCCGGCGCCUGGGGGGCAAGCAGGCCGCCAUAAAGCAGGUGGACCAGAUCCAAGGCAGAGAGGGGAGCAAAGAAAGGGAGAUGACGGAGGUUCGUCUGGAAAAUAUAAAGUUGAAGCACAGGAUCAGUAAGCUUGAAGCUAGCUUAAAAGCCCAAGAACAGUUGGCAGAGGGUCUGCAUUUAAUAGAUUUUGAGCAGCUGAAGAUAGAGAACCAGACCUACAACGAGAAGAUUGAAGAACGCAAUGAGGAGCUUUUGAAGCUCCGGAGAAAGAUCACCAACACGGUGGAAGUCCUGACUCAAGUCAAGGAAAAACUGCAGUUUGUGGAAGCUGAGAAUCACGGCCAGAAGGCUCAGCUGAUGGCAGUGGAGGCUCUAGUAGCCCAAAAAAGAGAUAUCCUAACCAAGACAAAACAGGUACGGGAUAGGUUGCGAAUAGACAACGAAAAGCUUAACCAGAAAUGCGGCUUGCUUGGAGAUAGAGUUUUGUUGAGGGACUAUGAGGACAAAGUAAAUGUUGCAGAGGUACUGAAGGAGAGGCUGGAACAACUGAAACAUCAGCAUGCUGGACUCGCCCUUACUUGUGAAGGAGUGAAGAAGAAAAUCAGAGGAAUAAAAUCUUUUCUACCAAUCUGAACAACUUUGAGUUCAAUGCUGAAGUUAUGUUUUUGUGUGAACAAAGGAUAUUAAAUGU